UAACUUGCUAAGAAAAGCACGAAUAAACAUGUUAACUGGAAACCAACGUGAAAAUCUCGUACGUACAAAAAUGAGAGAAGCUACCUCCAAAGAUUCCUGGGGUCCUUCGAGCACUCUAAUGGCAGAAAUAGCCGAUUUUACUCACGAGCCUAAUUUACUCCAGAUAAUAAUGACUAAAAUAUGGAAAAUCAUAAACGACGAGAACAAAAAUUGGCAACGAGUGAAUAAAACUUUGAAUUUACUCACAUACAUAACACUUACUGGGUCACAGUACGUGGCUUCUCGUUGUUUGGAAAACUUGUCUCAACUGGAAGAUUUGGUUACCUCAGAAAACGUUGAAAAGGCCGGAGAAAAGGGCUUCAAUGUGGAAUCCAAGACAUAUUACCUUUUUUCUCUACUCAAAAACUCAGAAAGACUACAAGAGGCAAGAUUUAGAGCAAUCAAUACGAGAAAUAGUGUCUCCGGACUUACGACGUGUAGUCCAGUUUCUGAAACGGAUCCGUCGACUGACAGGACAGGUGGGAUUAGCAUUCCAAAAAGUCGCCAAGAAGAGCAAGAACAAUUGGAAUUGGCUCUUUCAUUGAGCAUGAUUGAGGCUAAGAAGAACGAAGAAGCAACCAAGGAGGACGAGAAAAUGCUACAAGAAGCUAUUAAAAUCUCUCGGAGUGAAUAUGAGGUCACAAAUACUUUGGUGGACCUCUCUGAUGCUAUUGUGGUAGCUCCUAGUCAAAUGCUUCAAAUCGAAUUGCCUCCAAGUCAGACACAAAGGAUGUCUUCAUGUGAACUUGUUGAUCCUUGGAGUACGGAAAUGUUUACUUGUGAUAAAAAAGAAGAGGAGUUUGUACCCAGUCUACCACCAUACGAGUCUCUACCCAGUGAUCCAAGUUUUCUGAUUAUUUAACUUUAAAGAUAAUUUACAAAAUUCCCAGAGUGCAGAGCAGCCGGUG